UCAUCUCACCCCAAAACUUUUCUUGUGCGAUUAUAUAAGACAUAUACUAGAGCAUUGUCAAUGGUGUUAGUCCGUCGUAUUCGACUGCGUGGAUCCUGAUAUCAGGGAAAGUUCCGAAAAAAAGUAAACAUUGUCACGUGACUGAACCCCGAAUUUCCGGUACUUGUUCUUGAUUAGACUUCAGGCACCUAGGACCUCUUACUGUUAUCUGGACAAAUGUAAGAUGAGAUGUGCAAUGGCAUGGUUUAAUAAUAUGUGAUCAAGAUAUGGUUGAAUCCUUUUCUUUUUCAAGGAGUCAUUGUAUGAACGCAAAUGUUUUAUCCAUCAGAUGGCGUCCCAUCCACUCCAACCUAAUGGAUGGACCGAAAACAAGCCUAUAGGAACACCCCGAACUCAUCAUUCACACACAUUCAUAUUCAAGCGCGCACGCACUCACACAUACUCACACAUGCACAGUGCACACCCUCGCACACACAUCCAUUGUGGGGAGUAAAGACGGAGCGCCAAUUAACAGUGAGGGAAACAUUUAAUUUUAUCACCGGGCGUGGCUUUACUAACAUGGACCAAAGGGCGGAACUGCAGAAAACCAAAUGGGUUUAAGGCACCUUAAGUAAGAUUAUGCCACAGUCAGUAUUGACAACAUCGGCGUAUUAAGUCUGCAGUUCAACAGCCCUGUAGACCUACUCCCAGGAUGUCAAACUCGGAUCGAGUUGUUCUAGCUCUCGGGGGAGCAGGGACGGUGGGGUCAGGAAUAGUUAAGGCAUUGCUGGAUAAAGGUUUCAAAGUAGCCGUGAUCUCCAGGGACAACAGCAGACUUGAGAGGCUGAGGUCGUUUGUCUCGGCCAGUAGAAAGGAUAACCUCACCACCAUAGUUGGAGAUGUUGGGACGGAGGAGGGAGUGGAGGCAGCCAAACAGUCCGUGCUGAAAGCUGUGGGGAAGGUGACAGACAUCAUCUCGUCACUGGGCUUUAGCUGGUGGCAGGGGGGUCCGCCACACACACAGUCCCUCAAAGAUCUCCAAUGGGUCAUCGAGACGUUGCUGCUCAGCACCUUUGUGUCGUGGAAGGCCUUCUUCCCCUUAGUGAGGGACGACCCGAAAUGUAGCUACACCUUCAUCACAGGGGGAGCUGGUGAGAAGGUGCUAAUGCCAGGGACAGGCUUCCUGACCCUGGGAGCGGCCAGCACUUUGUCUUUCUGCCAGGUGCUACGAGACGAGUACCCUGAAGUGGCCUGCAAACUUAACCAGGUGAAGAUCAACACGGGCGUGGCCCCUCCAGAGCGCAUGGCCCCUGGCUUCCUGAACCACCUGGAGCUGGGUGAGGGCGUGGCCGUCCUGAUGGAGAGAUGCACCACUAGCCACUCGGUGUUCACCAUCGGCUGCCCGGCUGACCUAAAGACUGUGCUGCUCGAGGGUGACUUCUAGAUGAAGCUGCUCAGACACAUAGAUCCUCCCCCUCUGUGCCCCUGCUGCGUUGCCACGGACAGGGGUAGGGCAGGGUUUGCCCCACUUAAGAGCUCCCCCCAACACACAAGCACAGUUUUCCAUCCACAUUAAUGUACGCAUAAAAGCAUGUAUUCUAUUUGUGUGCCUUUUUUUUUUUGUUGCUUUUCUCAUAAGAACAAUGAUCUCCUACCAUUAUCUCAAAGCGAUUACACUGUGAUGGCAGAUAGGUUAAGCAAACUUCACAGGUAAUAAGAUCACAUAUUGCUUUUUUCUGUUAUUGUCUGAUAUUAAACGCACAUAAAGUUUUAUCGUCCAAAAUGUAAUGUUACCUUGGUUAUUCUGUUGAUAUACGCUACCAAAAUACGAGAAUAAAGUCAGACAGUCCGGUCUGUGAACAUAUAUUUAUUUGACCCAGGAUGAUACUUAUCUAAUGGGUAGAGGGGGCGGUUAUAUCUGCCUUAGCAUGAGUCUGUUCCCACGCCCCAAUCCCCGUAGAACCCCCCAGAACCCAUCACAGGCCCCUGUGUGUUUGCCAGUCCGAUAUGUGGGGCACAGGGGCAGCAUGCCCUUAGAUCAACAAAAGAGAGGACCAGUGAGCCAAAGCCCACUGUAAUGGGACAUGGGGGUCGUUGUUUUAGUUUAUCCUUCCGUGUUAAUGCCGACAUGUGUUUGCAACAGUAGGGCUUGUACAUCGCACUGAUCGCCCCCUGUUGGGAAGUAUAGGCGCAUAGGAAUGUUAUUGUGUAGUAAUUAGUAAAUAGUUGUCUCUAAUCUAAUCUAAUUAAGCGUGAAAUAAUUUGACACUGUAGAGAGUCAUUGUUGUGGUUGAAACUGACACAACUUUUCUAAUGGGAGAUGUGGGAAACCAAAGUUUGGUUUAUUAGGAUUAUACAUUAUUACAACUAUAAUUCCAAAAAUUGCUUAAUGUUGCCAACAAAAAUAUCAUAUGAUGCAGAUCGCUAUAACUUAGACUAUUCCUGUAAUGCCAAUAAAGCUGGCUGUAUAUGCUCGGUGCAUUUUUUGACCUUCUUUGAUAAAAGCCAGAUUAGUCCCAAAUGAUAACCAAAAGCAUGGAGGGGAAGGGGGUUACAUUUUCUCUGCAAUUUUACUACGAUGUUCCUUUUUCCCACCUCCGCAUAUUUUGUCAAACUGGGGCGCCGAGGUCCUCUAGCUGAUAGACCACCCAUCUCUCUAGGACCAGGACAAUAAAACGUUCCUUU